AUGGCUUUCGACGGACCUGCGCCAGAGAGGAUUAACGGCAGAAUAGCGAUGAUUGCAUUUGCGGGAGCAGCAGUGGCAGAGGCUGUCAGCGGCAAGUCUAUACUGGAGCAGGCGGCAGUAGCGCCGAUCUCGGUUGGACUCACAAUGUUUCUCAUCAGCUUGGCCUCCUUGUUCCCCAAAUAUUCUGCAGGAGUGUCACUGUCCCAGCUGAUAGAUGCCACAGGGAGGGAAGGCAUGCCAAAGGAGUUGGCGUUCUUCAACAAAACACAUGAGGUCUGGGUGGGCAGGGUGGCGAUGCUGGGGUUCCUGGGAACUCUGGCAGUGGAAGUCAUCAAAGGUGGAGCGCUGUUGAGCGGUGGCCAGUGA